CCCUUGCAGGGCGGCCAGGGCGCGCCCCCCAUGGCCAAGGUCUACCCCCGGGGCAGCCACUGGGCCGUCGGGCAUUUCAUGGGGAAAAAGAGCACUGGUGAUUUCCCUUAUAUAUAUGAAGAGCAAAACAAGACCCCCUUCUCUUUGCUGCCGGACGACAUAAAGCGGCUCGAGGAGGAUCCGCGUUGGGAGGAGGCAGUGAAGAAGCUCCUUCAGCUUCUCGAGGCGAAUGACAACAGAAACGCUCAGGUUCUCAGGGAAGAAUUACCCUUUUCCACCAAGAACGCCUGGGAGGCAGAGGAUAACAGCAAUCUUAAAGAUAUGAUGGAUUAUCUGCUGCAAGCAAUGGAGAGGAAAGAAAGUUCUCCAAGCUGAAACAGCCAUUCCUGGACACAGAAGGCGCAGAAGGAUAUCCUUAAGAGACUGUGGUUUCAUAAGCAUUUUACUGUAUAUGAUGGUUGAUUAAAAUAAAAUCUUUUGUGUUAAAUCAGAUUUCUUUGAUGCAAAAUAACCCAUUCACUUGUAUCCCCAACAAUGACUUACACUCUU